AUGCCCUCAACUCCAUGGACCAGACCUGAUACAAGCACCCGCCCAAUCGCCGUCAUCGGCGGCGGCGUGAUGGGCCGCCGAAUCAGCAUGAUGUGGGUAUCCGCCGGGUAUAAGGUAAUUUUAUGCGAGAAGGAAACCUAUGAUCCAAGCGCAGCUGUAGAAUACAUCAGCGCAAAGAAAGAAGAGCAAGCCAACAAACUAGGCACCACAUCCGCGGAACUGGAAACGACAUCAUCUCUCGUCGAGGCCGCCUCGAACGCAUGGAUGGUCAUCGAAGCCAUCCCGGAGAGACUGGAACUGAAGAUCGAGCUGCUCGCCGAGAUUGACAAAGUCGCUCCGCCGGACUGCAUAAUCGCCAGCAACUCGUCCUCGCUGCGGACCAGCCAGAUGAUCAGCAAGACGGAGAAGAAUUACCGUAUUUGCAAUGGGCACUACUACAUGCCGCCGGAGCAGGUGUAUUUCGAGGUGAUGUCGUGUGGUUACACGGAUCCGGACAUCUUCCCCUUUUUGAUGGAGAAGGCUGAGUCGGCGGGGUUCAAGCCUGUGCAUGCAAAGGUUGAUUCGACUGGUUUGGUGUUCAACCGGAUUUGGGCGGCGAUCAAGCGGGAGGUUUUGCUUGUCCUUGCUGAGGGGGUGAGUGAUGGACAAACCGUUGAUGAGAUGUUCAAGGGUUGGUUCAAUGCUACCAAGGGUCCUUGCCAGAUGAUGGAUACGGUUGGCUUGGAUACUGUGUACAACAUUGAGGUUGUGUAUACUGCACAGCGCGAUCUAGAUACCACUGCCCGGGAUUGGCUGAAGAAGACGUACGUCGACCAGGGCAAUUUGGGCGCGAAGGCUGGAAAGGGGUUACUUGGAUAG